AAGACAACGCACCCUCGAAGGGCUGUGGACAUCUACGCACCUCUUCCAUUUCUUAAAUUAGCCCUACUAAGCUUCGAGAUACCGCCCCCAAUUUCAGUGUCGGUACGGAGCCGCCAGGCCGGGACAGAGACGGAGAGAGAGCCCUCGGCCAUGGAAGCGCUCGGACCCGGCCCGCCCGUCACUACUACCCCCCCCUCCCUCUUCCAGCCACCACGGCGGCCCGGUCUGGGCACUGUGGGGAAGCCGAUUCGCCUGCUGGCCAAUCACUUCCAGGUGCAGAUCCCCAAGAUCGAUGUCUACCACUAUGACAUCGACAUCAAGCCGGAAAAGAGACCGCGGAGGGUCAACAGAGAGGUGGUUGACACCAUGGUCCGGCACUUUAAGAUGCAGAUCUUUGGGGACCGACAACCUGGAUAUGAUGGCAAGCGGAACAUGUAUACGGCUCACCCACUGCCCAUCGGAAGAGACCGGGUGGAUCUGGAGGUGACUCUGCCAGGUGAGGGGAAAGACCAGACCUUCAAGGUGUCUCUGCAGUGGGUGUCGGUGGUGAGCCUGCAGAUGCUCCUGGAGGCUCUCUCCGGUCACCUGAACGAGGUCCCCGAGGAUUCUGUGCAGGCACUGGAUGUCAUCACCCGUCAUCUGCCCUCCAUGAGAUACACCCCAGUUGGCCGCUCUUUCUUCUCCCCGCCAGAGGGCUACUACCACCCCCUCGGCGGAGGCAGGGAAGUGUGGUUCGGCUUCCAUCAGUCCGUCCGCCCCGCCAUGUGGAACAUGAUGCUCAACAUCGAUGUCUCAGCCACUGCCUUCUACCGAGCCCAGCCCGUCAUUGAGUUCAUGUGCGAGGUUUUGGACAUCCAGAACAUCAAUGAGCAGACCAAGCCUCUAACAGAUUCACAGCGUGUCAAGUUCACCAAGGAGAUUCGAGGGCUGAAAGUGGAGGUUACUCACUGCGGUCAGAUGAAGAGGAAGUACCGCGUGUGUAAUGUCACCCGCCGCCCAGCCAGCCAUCAGACGUUCCCCCUCCAGCUAGAAAAUGGCCAGGCCAUGGAGUGCACCGUGGCUCAAUAUUUCAAACAGAAGUACAGCCUGCAGCUCAAAUACCCCCACCUCCCCUGCCUCCAGGUGGGGCAGGAACAGAAGCACACCUAUCUGCCCCUCGAGGUCUGUAACAUAGUAGCAGGCCAACGUUGUAUAAAGAAGCUGACCGAUAACCAGACCUCCACCAUGAUCAAAGCCACAGCUCGCUCAGCCCCCGACCGGCAGGAGGAGAUCAGCAGGCUGGUGAAAAGCAACAGCAUGGUUGGCGGCCCCGACCCCUAUCUGAAAGAGUUCGGUAUAGUCGUUCAUAACGACAUGACCGAGGUCACAGGGCGGGUCCUCCCAGCGCCCAUGCUACAGUAUGGGGGCCGGGUGAGUACAGACACUGGGAGGGACUGUGGCAGGGGACUCUCUCCCCAGAACAAGACGGUGGCGACGCCCAACCAGGGCGUGUGGGACAUGAGGGGCAAGCAGUUCUACGCCGGCAUUGAGAUCAAGGUGUGGGCCGUGGCCUGCUUCGCCCCUCAGAAGCAGUGCAGAGAGGACCUGCUCAAGAGCUUCACAGACCAAUUGAGAAAGAUCUCAAAAGACGCUGGCAUGCCCAUCCAGGGCCAGCCGUGCUUCUGCAAGUACGCCCAGGGAGCCGACAGUGUGGAGCCCAUGUUCAAGCACCUCAAGAUGUCCUAUGUGGGCCUCCAGCUCAUUGUCGUCAUCCUGCCCGGAAAGACUCCCGUCUAUGCGGAGGUGAAGCGUGUUGGGGAUACCCUCCUGGGCAUGGCCACCCAGUGUGUCCAGGUGAAGAAUGUGGUGAAGACGUCCCCCCAGACCCUGUCCAACCUCUGCCUCAAGAUCAACGCCAAGCUCGGUGGCAUUAACAACGUCCUGGUCCCCCAUCAGAGGCCCUCCGUGUUCCAGCAGCCCGUCAUCUUCCUGGGCGCGGAUGUGACCCAUCCGCCCGCGGGCGACGGCAAGAAGCCGUCCAUCGCGGCGGUGGUGGGCAGCAUGGACGGCCACCCCAGCCGCUACUGCGCCACGGUGCGCGUGCAGACCUCGCGGCAGGACCUGGCCCAGGAGCAGCUCUACAGCCAGGAGGUGAUCCAGGACCUCACCAACAUGGUGCGCGAGCUGCUCAUCCAGUUCUACAAGUCCACGCGCUUCAAGCCCACGCGCAUCAUCUACUACCGAGGCGGGGUGUCCGAGGGACAGAUGAAGCAGGUGGCUUGGCCCGAGCUGAUUGCCAUCAGGAAGGCCUGCAUCAGUCUGGAGGAGGACUACCGGCCGGGCAUUACCUACAUAGUGGUGCAGAAGCGCCACCACACACGCCUCUUCUGCUCCGACAAGGCUGAGCGGGUGGGGAAGAGUGGCAACGUCCCAGCCGGCACCACCGUGGACAGCACCAUCACCCACCCGUCUGAGUUCGACUUCUACCUGUGCAGCCAUGCGGGCAUUCAGGGCACCAGUCGUCCCUCGCACUACCACGUCCUGUGGGAUGACAACUGCUUCACGGCGGACGAGCUGCAGCUGCUCACCUACCAGCUGUGCCACACUUACGUGCGCUGCACCCGCUCCGUCUCCAUCCCUGCGCCAGCCUACUACGCCCGCCUGGUGGCCUUCCGGGCGCGCUACCACCUGGUGGACAAAGACCAUGACAGUGCGGAGGGCAGCCACGUUUCGGGCCAGAGCAACGGCCGUGACCCUCAGGCCCUGGCCAAGGCGGUCCAGAUUCACUAUGACACCCAGCACACCAUGUACUUCGCCUGACCCAAGCCAGCAGGAGGCGCCAUUGCUCUCUUUUUAAAUACUCUUUGUUUAUCUCCGCUCUUUUUCUGUCAUUUAUCUCUCUCUCUAUCUCUGUCUUGCGCGCGCGUCUUUUUCUGCGACGAAGCGGUUCCGUAAGCCAGCGAACCAGGCCGUCAGUCCAAGCCGAGCAGACCGGUCCCAACGGAACCGCCGUUCUACCAGCAAUCCAGCACUGAGAGGCUUUCGGGUUUCAAAUGCACACAGAAAAAAAAAAACUUAAGAAAAAGAAAAAAAUAAAUAACACACGCAUACACACACUCACGCACACAACAUAGGAAAACCCAAGUUGAGCCAUUUUAGUUAAUUUCUUCAUUUUGAAUGUCGAAAUUUAUUAUUGUUGUCAUUGUUUGUCGUUUUAUGAUUUUAUUUCCUUUUUUGUAAAGAUACACUGAGCGCGAGCAACACGGAGCUGCCAUCUUUGGCAAGUGAAGCUUUGCCUCUUUCAGCUAAGCAGGACUCUCUUCACUUUUACCUCAAGCCCUCUGGGGCAACAAAAAUGUCACAAAUGUCUAUGGCGUUGGGCGGGCGGGGGAGGGUUCGGGGAGCGCGGGGCGUUUUCAACUUUCAGAGGUGAUGACAAUGAAGUUUUUUUCUUUCGUUCCUUUUUACAACUGUGUUUUAACUUUUUCUCCUUCUCAAAAAUAUUUUACAAACGAGGUGACCUGGGUAGCCAUUGCCCAUUGCUACUUCUCUAUCUCCUGUUCUGCAAAGACUAGCUGCAAGUGGAUGUGUGUGUUUGUGUGUGUGUGUGUGUGUGUGUGUGUGCGCGUGUGUGCGCGUGUGUGUGCGUGUGUGUGUGUGUGCGUGCGUAUGUGUACAUGUGGGCGGAUGUAUGUUUGUGCACGUGUGUGUGUGUGUUUCAUGGCAGGCCACUGAAUUGUAAAGGGAAAUCAAGGAGAACUGCUGUAAAUGCCUCAGUUUUUUUAUAUUUACACACAUAUAUAAAUAUAUAUAAAUAUUUACAUCUAUAUAUGCGUCUUUCGGUAGAUUUUACUGACUUGCAUAAGCUGGCGGCGGUGGUGUGUAGCAGCAUCAAGUAUCGUGCCCCUUUUUCUGUGUGGCCGACUGGGGAGAGCACCCUGGAGGUCGCGCUUGUUGCCACAGCAACCUGUGGUGUCCUGAGUGACCUCCUUGUGCCCUCGUUUAGGUGAUGGUGAUGAGGUUAAGGAAGCAAGUAGACGGUUGUGCGUCUUGAUGAGUUCAAUGCGAUUCGUUAGUCUGUGUGGACUAGUGAAAGAAGGCAUCUUGUCUUGUCGGGCCUAGUUUGUGUGUGUGUGUGUGUAUUAAAGGUUGACUUUGGCAGAGUGAGCAGAGGGCACUCUUCACCCCCCCCACCCCCCUACCCUCCUACCUUUUAUGCAUUUAUAAAUUCAGAUCAGAUUUGUAAGAGUUUAAUAUAAAUAAGAGACUUUUUUCGUGACUUAUCUUGACUGUUCUUAGAGUUAGAUGAUGCAUUGUUGUUGCUCUUGUUGUUAAUUGUUGUUCUUACUAUGACCGUGGUGGUGAUGCGACGACGAUGAAGAUGAUGAUGAUGAGUAUGAUUAAGAUGGUGUGGGGACUGUCAGCUGUUUAGAUGUUUGGUAGUUCAGCAUUGAGGGAGAUGCUAACGGAUCUCUCAGCAGAGUCUGUAACGUGUGUAGCGUGCGCAGGUCUGUGUGUUUGGUGUGCAUGCAUGGGUUGUCUGCUGGAUCCAGUUGUUGUUGUUGUUGUUGUUGAUUUAAAGGUGGGGAUGCGUGCUGGGGAGAGUUAGGUGGGUGAGUGGUGUCUCCUCCUUUUGGCUCCUGAUGGAUGUUCCUGUAUUUUGUAGUUUUUCUGGAGAUGGAGUUGGUUGGACGUUAGUUUCCUUUUACCCUUGUCCUCAUAUAUGACUUCACGUCCCAAGGACCCGGGGUCGUCCAAUUGCACUGUUUCGGAAACGUUCCGGCUGUUUCAACAGCGGCGUUUCUGUUUUUGUUUUUCCCCUUUUGUUGCUGUUAGCUCGGUUAAGUUUUUAUGAUUACAUUUACUUUUGGCUGAAUUUUUAAAGUGACAAUCAUCAGAGCCAAAAGGAGUCAAAAUUGGCAGAAGCUGACAGGCAUGAAAGGAAGGAAACGGCAGCAGGCAGUUGUUUUGAAUUUUUACACUUAAAAAGUUUCUAUCCCUGUCGUGUGUAUUUGACCAUGUGUAUCUAUAUCUAUUGAUAAGUCUGUACCUAUGGUGGUGUUCAAUUUUUUUUUUAUUAUUUAUGAAAAAAAAAAAUAAAAAAAAAAAAGCUAAACACAGAUUGAUCUGAUGCCAGCCAUUGGAGCUCACAGUCAUAAGCACUGCCCUUUUCAGAUUUGACAAUGACUAGCCAGAAGGAGGCUCUUGAGGUCGUGCUCCCUGGGUUUUGUCGGUUUUUUUGGGUGGAGAGGUCAGGUUGUGGGGAA